AUGGCAGCAGCCUACAAAUCAAAGAUUCUUACCAAAGUCAUUAGCCUUUGCCAUGAAAAAAAGAAGACUUCCCCAAGACUGUCAUCAAUUAUAGAUGACAUGAAUCACAGCAUCAGGAUGGAGCAAGAGAAGAAGUCUGGUAAUUACCUUCCAAAAUUUACAAAUAUUUGUUUAUAGGGCCUGUUUAUAUGAGGCCGGUUACCAAGAUUCGUACCAGAUCUCUGCAAGCGCAAGCCAGCUUGCUUUGUUAUAUGAACGCAAUGUCAAUUUUUAUAGAAAAAACAACUAACAAACAGCUCCUUGGUUAGUGAUAUGUCCCGGCCACCUGGAUCAUAUGAACAGGGUCUAAAAAAUGUAAACUGAUCUAAAUGUUCGUUAUUAAACAAUUACAUGAAAAAAUGUACAACGUUUCAAGCCCUGAAUUAUUUAGUAUCUGUUUGUUAACAUAUUUUUUUAAUUAAGUAAAAUAUAUAUAGAAGGAUCCAGAUAUUUAAAGGCUACCUUCCAGUUACUUUUUAUGAAAAAAUCUAAAUCCUUAGACCUGUAUUCUUCAUACUUGAAAAAUAUGUUGACAAACAGAUACUUAAUCAUUACAAGAGAAUAAGAAAUGUAUAAUGAAAUAAUUAAUAACCAACAUUUAAAUGUCGUAACCUUUUGCGGAGAUGCAAACCUUACUCUAGGACAGUCAGGACUGUCAUGAACAUGUUACGAAUCACAACAGAAUUUUAUGACUAUAUGGAGACCAGGCUUAAGUUCUGAAAUGCAGUCUUCAUGCAUAAUGACAUGUCUUUGCAAUUCAUGGCAACAACUAGCAAAGAGAGCUUUGCAAGUGUGCUUGCUAUGUUUUAUAUUAGAAUUUUUUUAACAAAGCAUUCUGGUAGUUGUGUGUAUUCACAGCAAUGAAACUUCACAAUGCAUAUUAUGUUCUAUUACAGUAUGAUCUCAGAAUAAGAAAUCCACCAAAAAUAUUACAUCAUAUAAUAAUGUUGCCAUUCUGCAUAGUACAACCAGCACUUUGUACAUUGCUUCUUCAUAUAAGUCAUAUUAUUCAAAAUGGUCUAAUUUUGUUUAUUUUUUACCUUCUCUGCAGAAAUUGAAGAGGAUGGCUUUGUGAUCCUGUUGCAAGCCCUCUUGAAAGAAAAAAUGACUAGUGAAGGAUCAGUCAUUAAAAUCUGCUCGGUAUGGCUUUUACCAGUAUUUCAUCCAUUCUUUUGAUCUGUAUUAUAAAAGAAAAAAAAUCUAAAUAGAGCUCUAAGAAAGAAACAGUUACCGGUAGGCAUCAAAAGGCUCAUUUAAAGUGAUUUCUCAAUUCUCUACUGUAACAGUAUAUCAAAUGAUUACCUAAUUGUCAUAUUUAUACCAAAACCAGGUGUUUGUAUAUUUCAAAGGAAUGACCUUUUUGGUAAAUUAUCUUUCCUACCUUUGACAUAGGAUAAUGAAUUAAUUGAUGAUGCCAUUGGCAAUUCUGUUUCUCCGAUGCUGGUUGGUGCUGGUGAAUAUGGGUCAAUAACACCCUUAUAUUUGGCAGCUGAAGGGGAAACAAUCACCGAGAUUCCUAAUACCAACCUAAUUAAUGGGUUGGUAAUCCUGAUUGCAUUGUAUUAUGCAUUCAAUAUAAGUUAUCCGACGACGAAAGGGAGAAAUUUCUUUGCCUUCAUUGAGGCGACAUUGUUGGAUAACAGCGAGGAUGCUAAAAAAAGGGUCAGUAUAAAUAAAAUUUUAAAAGAAAUGGACGAUAUGUAA